AUGGCUUCGAAUCUCCUCGAAAUCCCCUUUCGUCGCACGCACUCUGUGGACCUGUCCGCCGCAAUCAAGCAAUACAUCUCCACGAAAUAUGAUCAGUCGCCGGAAAUGUUCGCAGAUGACCUGCGAGACAUUGACCGUUUACGAAACGACGCCAUAAAUGUCCGCGAACCCCAUGUCAGCGGUAUCAAGCGCCUACAGAUAUAUGCUGCUCAGCUACGCUAUCUGGGCGGGAAAUUCCCCAUCGAUGUUGGUGUCGAUUUCCCAUGGUACCCCGCGAUAGGCUACGAUCGAGACAAGCCCGUGCUACAAAACAACCUACGGUUCGAGCUGGCAAAUAUACUCUUCAAUCUCGCGGCAUUAUAUUCACAACUGGCGUAUGGGACGAACCGAGCGACGCUAGAUGGCCUCAAAUCUGCUGCCGAGUAUAGUAUUGCUGCCGCCGGCACCUUCGCCUUCAUACGGACCGACAUCCUCCCUGACAUGCGCUCAACUCCACCGGAGGAUAUGGAUGAUAUAACCUUGGACAGCCUACAACAACUGUGUUUGGCACAAGGACAGGAAUCGUUCUGGCAGAUAGCAAUCAAAAGGACCAUGUCGGACGGCACGGUAGCAAAACUUGCAGCCAAGGUCUCGGAUUACUACAUCUUUGCAGCUGAUGCCGCACGCCAGUCCAGGGCUGUGAGUGCGGAAUGGAUACAUCAUUUCCAAGCGAAACAUCACCACUUUGCUGCUGCCGCGCAGUUUCGACAAUCUCGAUAUUGUCUGCAAAACAAGCAGUAUGGAGAAGAGAUUGCCAGGCUUAAGGAUAGUCUCACCUGCGUUAAUGAAGGCCUUCAAGAAGCCCGAUACAUUAAUGCUACAGUAGCUGGGGAUUUGAAUGGACUCAAGUCCAAAGUCACUGAGGAGCUGAAGAGAGCUGAGAAGGACAAUGAUCUGAUCUACCUGCAGACACCAACCCCUAAAUCAGAGCUGAGGCUUCUGGAUCGAACCAAUAUGGUCGCUGCAAAAACACCUGCAGAUAUUGUCAAUGGGAUUUCUCUGCUCGGCGAAGGCAAACCUUUUGGGCGGCCAUUAUUCGAAAAGCUUGUUCCUUAUGCUGUCCAUCAAGCUGCGUCCAUAUACGCCGAUCGGCGCGAUCGUCUUGUCAACCAAUCCAUCAUCGUUGAUCUUGAAGCCAUGACAGCUAGGCUGAGGGAGGUAUUGCAAUCGCUCGAUUUGCCCGGGUCAUUACAAGCCCUCGAAAAACCGCUCGGCUUGCCUGGCAGUCUCGUUUCGAAAGCUGAGGAGCUUCGACAGCAGGACGCGCUGUACAGGAUCAAGAGGUCGAUGGACGACACAACCAAAUUGAAAACGAACGAUCUCGCGAUCUAUCAGGAAGGCGUUGCAUUGCUAGAGGCCGAGAAAACCGAGGAUGAGCGAGCUCGAGCAAAAUACGGCACGGACAGAUGGGCACGUCAACCCUCUACCACGGCUUUGGCCAAAUUAUAUCAGACUUCAAAGGAGCUGCAGACAUACCUGAAUUCGGCUGCUUCGAGUGACAACUUGGUACAGGCCAAAUUCCGGGAGAACGAGCACAUCCUCAAGAUCUUGACAGGCACGGACCGUGAUCUUGAGCGAUUUGUCCCCUCGUCCAGUCAAACGACUAUGACACCAGCCAUCGAGCAAGCCGCCUCUCGAUUACGGACAUGUCUGAACGAAGUCUCUCGCUUGGAGACUCGGCGGAAAAAUCGCAUUGCAGCUUUGAGAGAGAAAGCAAAAUCCGAUGAUAUUGGACCGGCUUUGCUCGCCGAAGCAGCUCGCCUGGAGCGGGAGUAUCCCAUGCAAAAGAUCGAGCCAGGACAGUUUGAGAAGCUGUUCGAAGCACGGCUUCAGGCUUAUGAGCCUGAUCGCGAAGCUCUCAUCACCGAACAAGAAGAACAAGACCAAAUUGUGGCUCGCCUGCGCGAAGCCAACAAGGCAUUCUCGGAUGCCCGACGGGGUGACACCAGCACCAAAGAUCGUCAGAAGGCUCUCCAGACGCUGGACACAGGAUACGCCAAAUAUAAGGAGCUCAUGAGCAACUUGGACACGGGCAGAAAAUUCUACAACGACCUUGCGGUUCAUGUGACACGUUUCCGAGACAAUUGCAAGGCACAAGUCUCUGAACGCAGGAUUGAAGCCAGUCAGCUUGAGGCGGAGCUUGCUGGACAAGAUAUGGGCAGGCUCAAUCUUCAGGAGACGCGGAGGGAAUUGCGGAGCCAAAAUACAGCACCGCAAACGAGAAGCCGUCCACAGCAACAGCCCCCUGCCGAAACCCAAGAAGCACUGACGGCACCGGUACCAACAAGGAAUCCGCCUCCUGGAGGUGUAAUGCCCUCCACUUCGCCUUUAACAGUCGGUGUUGCAGGUGGCACGAUUGGCGGUGGAGGAAUCUGGACACCGGACAUGGGCAUCAGAUUUGGUGGGGCUCCUAAUCAACCUGGACAGGCGGGUUAUCCUGUCCCCAGGCGACCAUGA